AUGGCACAAAUACGCUCGAUGGAAGCCCGCGUUGGGCGGAUCAACCAACGCUACGGAUCGAAAGGCGAGCGACUGGUAGCCGGCGUUGUCCCUAUUUCCGCCGACAAGACCAAAGUCCUCAUGAUCCAAUCCGCAGGACCCGGGGGCUGGGUGCUCCCCAAGGGUGGAUGGGAGCUGGAUGAAAAAACCGCCGAGCAGGCUGCGUGCCGCGAAGCCUGGGAGGAGGCCGGUGUAGUGUGCGUCGUGAGCCGCGAUUUGGGUCUCAUCCCAGACAUGAGGCCCUCCGGCCUCCUCACGGCGCAAGCGCCGAAAGCCUCAUAUCAAUUCUUUGAAGUCACCGUGGAGCGCGAAGAAGCCGAGUGGCCCGAGAUGCACAAGCGCAAACGGCAAUGGGUCUCAUACUCAACGGCGGCCACGGCCCUCGCAAAUCGACCCGAGUUAUUGGAGGCGUUGAAUCGCAGCUCCUUGAAGCGGUAG